AUGUCGCGUCCACAAGAUGAUAGGAACCAAGAGGCAACGGUCUACCUUGGCAACCUCGAUGAACGCUGUACCGACGCACUGGUAUGGGAGUUGAUGCUACAAGCGGGGCCCGUCGUCAAUGUCCAUCUUCCCAAGGAUCGCGUUUCUAUGGCGCACCAAGGCUACGGGUUUUGCGAGUUCUUAACAGAAGAGGAUGCGGAAUACGCGUGCAAGAUAAUGAACCAAAUAAAACUAUGGGGCAAACCGAUUCGUGUUAAUAAGGCCUCUUCUGAUAAGAAACAACUCGAUGUCGGCGCCAACUUGUUUAUCGGGAAUCUAGACGAGAAUGUUGACGAGCGGCUGCUAUACGACACUUUCAGUGCCUUCGGCAUCAUGGCAUCUACUGCCAAGAUUGCCCGCGACCCGUCCACUGGUACCUCAAAAGGCUAUGGUUUCGUGUCCUACAUAGAUUUCGAGGCGUCUGACGCUGCUACCGAGGCUAUGAAUGGAUCUUUCCUUAUGAACAAAGCCAUCACCGUUCAAUACGCGUUCAAAAAGGACGGCAAAGGCGAGAGACAUGGAACUGCCGCUGAGCGUCUCUUGGUCUCGCAAGCACGCAAGAACAAUGCGAUACCUGCUGGUCGGCCAAUCGCGCCUCUUGGUUUCGGUCCCGUCCCAGCAUAUCAGUUCCAAGGUCAAUUUGCUGGUGCCCUGGCUCAACCACCCCCCGCCUCCUGGAUUCACGCAACAACAAACAAUCUUACCCCCAAUGCCCAUGGGUGUUCCAGCUAUGGGUGCACCAAUGCCUCCUCCGAUGGCUAUGCCUGGAAUGCCUAUGAUGCCUCCACCUCCGCAAAAUAUGCCAAUAUAUCCUGGUACCGCCUUCCCUCCGCCUCCAGCUGGCUUUGCAACACCAUUCCCUGGGCAAAUGAUGCCACCUCCGCCUCAGCCGCAAUUCGGAUAAGAUAG